AUGUCUCCUAUCUUUGGCCUUAGAUUCAUCUUUUGCAUGGAACCAAGAAACCAAACAGCUGUUUCAGAAUUACUUCUCCUGGAACUGACAGAUGAUCCAGCACUGAAGUCCAUCCUCUUCAGCCUCUUCCUGUCCAUGUAUCUAGUCACAGUGCUUGGAAACCUGAUUAUCAUUCUGGCUGUGAAUUCUGAACCCCACCUCCACACUCCCAUGUACUUCUUCCUCUCCAAACUGUCCUUUACUGAUAUCUUCUUGAGCACAAGCACCAACCCAAAGAAGCUGGUGAACAUCCAUUCAAAGAUUUGGGGCAUCUCCUACACAGGCUGCCUCUCCCAGGUCUUCUUUGUCUUGGCUUUUCUUGUCUCAGAGAACUGUCUCCUCACAGCAAUGGCCUAUGACCGCUAUGUGGCCAUUUGUCACCCACUGAUGUACACCAUCAUCAUGAAUCCUUCCCUUUGUGUGAUGCUGGUUCUGAUCUCUCUGUUCAUAAGCAUUGUGGAUGCCCUCCUCCACAGUCUGAUGGUGCUACAACUGUCUUUCUGCACAGACUUGCAGAUUCCCCACUUCUUCUGUGAACUUGCUCAGGUCAUCAAACCUGCAUGUUCUGACACUCUCAUCAAUAACAUUUUGAUAUAUGUUUUCUCUAUCUUAUUGGGUGGUAGUGCUCUGUUUGGGAUCAUUGCUUCAUAUGCUCAAAUGGUCUGUUUCCUUUUGAGAAUUCCAUCAACUGGCAGAAAAUAUAAAGCCUUUUCCACCUGUGGGUCUCAUCUCUUAGGUGUUUCUUCAUUUUAUGGGACAGGUUUUGGAGUGUACAUUAGCUCUACAGUUACUGAGUCAUCCACAAAAACUGCUGUGGCUUCAAUGAUGUAA